GCGAAAUAACAGCUUUGUGGCACGGUGUUAAGAGCAUCGUCGGUUAUUCUUGGCAACCUUUCCUGAACAUUCACCAUCAUGUCGCUGCCAUACGCCUCGAGGUCUGCUAUCGCGACUGAACUUUUAAACCCCCACACUUCAUACGGAUCUAUUCCUCCGGGCUCAUCGAAAUAUUUUACCUGCGGAUCUCUUGGCAGGUCCAGUUCCUCAUUGGUUGUGAGUUUGACUGAUGCACCACGAUGAUGGCGCCUGCAUACCUGCAUAAAAUCGCGCCAAAUAGGACAGCCUUGACGAGGCUUCUUAUCUCUUUUCUUUCUCUCUUUACGUCGCCUUUUCGUUCUCUGUCCAACCCUCAUUGACGAACAGAGAGUACCUACGAGAAGAUGGUCGACUAUGAGAAAAGUCCUUCAGUCGUCUCAUCAUCAAUCGAAAAGGAUGUACGCGUGAAGGACGUUCAAGAGGAGGACUCUCCCUACAACAGGGGAGGACUCUUAGAUCCGGUGAAGGAGGAGACCCUUCACCGAGGGCUGUCUGCUCGUCAGAUAUCUAUGAUUGCGCUCGGUGGUGCAGUUGGAACGGGUCUCAUCAUUGGUUCAGGGACUGCACUUGUACGAGGUGGCCCUCUGGGUGUUUUGUUGGGCUACACCUUCGUCGGAAUGGUUUGCUACAUGGUCAUGGUUUCCCUUGGUGAAAUGGCUGCAUACCUUCCGCACAAGAAGGGUUUUGCGGGAUAUGCAACACGGUUUGUUGACCCCGCCUUCGGUUUUGCUCUGGGCUGGAACUAUCUUAUGAAAUACCUUAUCGUCACGCCUAACAAUAUCAAUGCUGCGGGUGUCGUCAUCCAAUACUGGACCCGGCAUGUACACAUCGCUGUGUGGAUGGUUAUUUUCAUCGCGUUCAUCUUCUUCAUCAACUUGCUCGGCGUGCGCGUCUUCGGCGAACUCGAGUUCUGGUUCAGUAGCAUCAAAGUCAUUACCCUGGUUGGUCUCCUGAUUAUGGGUAUUGUCAUUGACUUAGGAGGAAACCCCAAACAUGACCGUAUUGGUUUCCGUUACUGGAACCCUCCUGAUGGCCCCAUGGGUCAUUAUCUGAAAGAUCAGGUCCAUGGAGAGAGUCUCUCUAUCUUCCUUGGUUUCUGGAGUACUUUGGUCAACGCGCUCUUUGCUUACAUCGGAACCGAGUUGAUCGGUGUUACUGUGGGUGAAGCUCAGGCACCCAGGAAAAACAUCCCAAUCGCUAUCCGGCGUACGUUCUUCCGUAUCCUUGUGUUCUACAUCGGAGGUGUCUUCGUGAUCGGCUUGGUUGUACCUAGUACUGAUCAGACUCUAUUCACUGCCAACAAGGCGAAAGCUGGAGCUGCGGCUUCUCCUUUCGUUGUCGCUACUACUCUCGUUGGCAUCAAGGUUCUCAACCAUAUCAUCAACGCUGCUAUUCUGCUUUUCGUGCUGAGUGCCGCCAACUCUGACUUGUAUAUCGGUUCUCGUACCUUGUACGCUCUCGCUGUCGAAGGCAACGCACCAAAGAUCUUCACUAAAGUCAACCGUAUGGGAGUUCCAUACCCUGCUCUCAUCUUGUGUACCGCUUUUUGUGGUCUCGUAUUCCUGAAUGUGUCGUCUAGCAGUGCCAAAGGUCUGUCGAGUUUCUACUUUCCAUGUCGAGACUUCCCUGAUAGUUUCAAAGUUUUCACUUGGUUUGUAAACCUGGUAUCAACAUUCGGCGCCAUCACUUGGAUAUGUAUUUGCUAUUCACACAUCCGAUUCAUGAAAGCUCUUCGCGCUCAGGGGAUUUCCAGAGAUACCCUUCCCUAUAAAGCACCUUUCCAGCCCUUCGGCUCGUGGUUUGCUCUAAUUUCAACCUGCAUUAUCACAAUUUUCAAAGGCAUGAUUCACCAUGAUAUAAUAUCCUCAUCCGAUGCUUAUAUUAUAUCUUCAGGAUUUGAUACCUUCAUUCCAUUCACGAAAGACACGUUUGUCACGUCCUACAUCGGAUUACCGGCAUUCUUGAUGUUCUGGGUAGGAUACAAGCUUACCUACCGCACGAGGCUCAUCCCUGCCGAGAAGGUGGAUCUCAUCACAGGCAAGAGGGAGAUCGACGAAGAAGAGGAACGGUUCAACAGGCAGGAGGAAUUGAAAGGACCUCGUACGAAGUGGCAGAAGUUCUUUGACUCACUGUGAAGUCCGUUCCUCUAUUCCGGUUCGGCUCCUGGACUUCCAAUCCGCCUUACUCACCCCCAUGUGCAUUCAAAAUCACUGGAUGCACUAUGUAUUGUACAUCAUGCUCACCUUACUUAGUGUCAUGAUGCUAAGUAGCUAUCUUGUAACGACGAAUGUAAUUGAAUAAUCAUGACCAAACCCCUCUUGC